AUGGACCCUGACGAAGACGUCGAAGAGUACUCCGUCGACGAGGAAAAUUUUGCUAGCUAUGAAUCAGAAGCUGCAAACGCACAUCUGAGAGGAAUCGCCAGCAGCUACUCGGCGGUGAACCACAGUGACAGCGACAGCUCUUAUGCCUUAAGCGAAGCCAACCAUGUUGUAUCCGAAGAUGACGACCACCUGGCUAGCAGAUCACUAUUGAAACGUUCAGCUGAACAAGCCUUCAACAACCUUCCAUUUAAAAGGCAAAAAGGUGUCUUGAAUCCCGAAUACCUGGAUCUUCUUAAUCGCGAGAUUGAUGACGCUGCACAUCAGGUCUGUUUGGAGGACAUACCAGAAGGCAAGUCCGACCUGAGAGUCGACCUGCCUGGCUCUCAGGUCGGACUUACCUUCUGGUCCACAGUUGAAAAAGCGCAUUUUUUUGAGUCUGUAUCACGACUGGGCAAAUACGAUUUGCCCGGUAUCGCAACCAGAAUAGGUAGCAAAAGCGAAAUUGAAGUCAAGCAGUACGUCGAGCUGCUGCAAACAGCCAACGAUAGCAGACAGAGUUGUUUGAGACGCCGAUCCUGCUUGGAGCCAGCAGAGUAUCCAGCAGCUGUUGAGAUCAGCCAACAGUGUUGCCAUUUUCAAGAAGAGGCUGCCGAUACUGUUUCAGUCCUCCAAGAGCGCAGAGAGGAACAACGAGAGAAGCUGAAAUGGGGACAGAAGUGGGAUGUUACUCCUUCUCUAGCCAGGAGAUUAGGCCACCGUGGCGAGGAGAGCGAUGAUACGUCUGACAUGACGUUGAAAUUCUCCGAGCUGUUUCAUCUGUCUAACUGGCUACAAUUGUCGGAGCGCGUGUUUAUGAAUUCAUCGGUUCCUGGCAACAACUGGAACUACAUCGACCAUCAAAGACCAUCAAUGUGGGCCACCGCGUUCGACGACUUUUACUCAAUUGCUGUUUCUGUCACCAGACGGCUCGUUCAGACAACCUUGUUUAUUAGCAUGUCGAGAAUCAGGGCGAAGAAGGAGCUUGUUCCUACCACUCGGGAUAUUGUCCGGAGAAAGGAUGUUGAAGCCGCAGUUGCCUCACUCGCCAUGCCACAUGAUUCGAAAUCGAGGUGGAUCAAAAGCGCGAGAAGGUUGCGAUUGGACGUUUUUAACGAACCGCCAGAUAAAGAUGACGAGGAAGCCGAAGAGGAGCCCAUGACGUAUGAAGAAGUUGAGACUAUACUCUCUGGGAAUAAUGAUGGCAUUGAAAUUCAAGCUCCAAAGGAUGUGAUUCUCACAGAUGAAGCUUCGCUUGAUGGGGAUCUGAAAGAGAGCGAUGAAAGUCGUGACAACGACACAGGCAUUGAUUCGGAAACAGAAGAUGACGAUGAUGAAAAACACGAGAUUACGCGGGAAGCUAAUGAGAUCCUGCUUUACUCGACCCCAGAGCUAAAGGAUAUUCAAGCCGCAAAGCAAGCGCUCAAACUGCGCAUCACCACGGAGAGGCAACAGGAAGCGCAGGCCGAGAUGCACGACGAGUAUGCCAGCUAUCAAGCAGAGAUCGAGAUGUGGGAUAUCUUGAAGAGGAAGCCGCUAAUGGAACUACCUAAAGUGGAGGAUCCCGGUCCCGUGCAUAGAUCGAUUUUGAGUGUGGAUAAUGUCUAUCCUCUUGGACGAGACUGGGCUUCAAAGCUGGAAUAUUAUGGGGAAUGGGAGACGUUGGAUACUGCAAGGCAUGAUGAAUAA